UCGUCGCGCCCUUUACGUAACGCGCGACCGUCGCGCGCUGUCUAAACUCGGCGUCGCAAACGGAUAAGGUUUGGAGUGAUAAGUGUGCUUCGUUUUGGCUUUCGUCGCUUCUGGCUUUAUUUCGUAAGGAGCUGGAGCGUGGCGGGCCGGCGGUGGGCCGCUAGGCGGUAGGACGCAGAUGCACGCGCGCCGACGCUGCAGUGAGGAGCGCGCGCGCAUUGCUCGCGACGCGGCCACCACCCGGCGCGCCCUCUGAACCACAACGCGCCUAGGAUUAUUAUACGGUCGGACAUGAAAAAUCUCGCUCGUUUGCUGGCUGUCCCUAUCAGCGAUUACGUGGUAACUUUCAUCUCACUGGCAGCCGCGACCACACUGCUCUCGUGGACGACAGAAGGGCGUUCGGCCCGCAGGUGGCUGGCGGAGGAUCGCGGGCGCAGGGAGAGGUGUCGCUCGCGCUUCCCCUACCAUACACACCCGCCCAUUCACUGUUAGCAGUAGGCAGUUCACUCAGUGGGAGUUCGAUAGACAAUGUCCGAAGACUUGGACUCGAUCAGCGAGGAAGAACAAAGUUUGUUCCGACCUUUCACUAGAGAGUCAUUGGCCGUUAUCGAAGCCCGCAUAGCUGAGGAGCAUGCCAAGCAAAAAGAACUCGAAAAGAAACGCGCUGAAGGCGAGACCGAUUUGGGGCGGACGAAAAAGAAAAAAGAAGUGCGUUACGAUGACGAGGACGAAGACGAAGGUCCUCAACCGGACGCGACCCUCGAGCAGGGUCUACCCCUGCCCGUACGGAUGCAGGGAUCCUUCCCCGCUGAACUUUCCUCCACGCCUCUCGAGGACAUCGAUCCGUUCUACCAGAAUCAAACCACAUUCGUAGUCAUAAGCAAGGGUAGAGAUAUCUUCAGAUUUUCGGCGACAGAUGCGUUAUGGAUGUUGGAUCCGUUCAACCCGAUAAGAAGGGUCGCUAUAUACAUACUUGUACACCCUCUUUUCUCUCUGUUCAUCAUAACAACGAUCCUUGUCAAUUGUAUCUUAAUGAUAAUGCCGACCACGCCAACCGUCGAAAGUACUGAAGUUAUCUUUACCGGAAUCUACACGUUUGAAUCGGCGGUGAAAGUAAUGGCCAGGGGUUUCAUUCUACAGCCAUUCACAUACCUUAGAGAUGCAUGGAAUUGGCUUGACUUCGUAGUUAUAGCUUUAGCUUAUGUGACGAUGGGCAUAGAUCUCGGCAACUUGGCCGCUCUUAGAACGUUCAGAGUUCUCCGAGCGCUGAAGACUGUGGCCAUCGUACCGGGGUUGAAGACUAUCGUUGGUGCUGUCAUAGAGUCUGUGAAAAAUCUUCGCGACGUGAUUAUUUUGACAAUGUUCUCCCUAUCUGUAUUUGCGUUAAUGGGCCUACAAAUCUACAUGGGAGUGUUAACGCAGAAAUGUGUAAAGGUAUUCCCCGAAGACGGCAGUUGGGGCAACUUGACUGAUGAGAAUUGGGAGAGAUUUUGUCAAAACGAAACGAACUGGUAUAGUGAAAAUGACGACUAUCCAUUAUGCGGGAACUCAUCAGGAGCAGGAACAUGUGAACCAGGCUACAUAUGUUUACAAGGGUACGGACCAAACCCAAACUACGGCUACACGAGUUUCGACACGUUCGGUUGGGCGUUUCUAUCAGCUUUCAGAUUGAUGACGCAAGAUUACUGGGAAAACUUAUAUCAGCUGGUUCUAAGGUCUGCUGGUUCAUGGCACGUGCUGUUCUUCGUUGUGAUCAUUUUCCUCGGCUCUUUCUAUCUCGUGAACUUGAUCUUGGCUAUCGUCGCCAUGUCAUACGACGAGUUGCAGAAGAAAGCAGAGGAGGAAGAGCAGGCUGAAGAAGAAGCACUAAGGGAAGCGGAACAAAAGGCAGCGGCUCGAGCGGAUAAACAAGAAGCGAGAGAACAACACGCUCGCGAGCAAGCCGCCGCUGCGGAAGCAGCCGCAUACGCCGAAGCACAUCCUGCCAAGUCUCCCAGUGACUUCUCCUGCCAGAGCUACGAGUUGUUCGUGAACCAGGAGAGGGGCAAUCAGGAUGACAAUACGAGGGAACGCAUGUCCCUUCGUAGCGACCCCUUCCAGGAUUCGGUGAGCACUCAGCCCACGCACAAGCCUGCCAACGACACCCACCACGACACAGCACGCCGGCAGAGGAAGGUCAGCAUGGUCCCCCAUCCUGAACGCAUUAAUAAAUAUGGACAGUUGUCGUAUGGGCCACUGCGGGAGGGCUCACAGGCUUCCUUGUCACUACCUGGAUCACCGUUCAAUUUACGACGUGGUUCCCGAGGCUCUCAUCAAAUGGCGUUAAGGCCAAACGGGAGGAAUAGGUAUCCACCGGGAGCCGAUCGGAAACCACUUGUUUUAUCAACAUACUUGGACGCACAGGAACAUUUGCCUUAUGCUGAUGACUCAAAUGCAGUUACGCCUAUGUCAGAGGAGAACGGCGCUAUUAUAAUACCAGUCUAUUAUGCGAACUUGGGAUCCAGACAUUCCUCCUAUACAUCACACCAGUCUAGGCUGUCAUACACGUCGCACGGCGAUCUCUUAGGGGGAAAAGCUCAAACCAAGGAGGCCAAACUCAGAGGUCGAUCAGCGUCCAGGAACCACAGCAUUACUUCCCAACCUCACGCCUACGCGCUGCCCAGACAAGAGUCGUCGCUGGUAUCUCGACCAUUAAAAGAAUAUGAAGUUAGUACAACAGAAUGUACAGACGAGGCUGGCAAAGUUCUAAAACAGUCGAAUGAUAAUCCGUUCAUUGCGACAUCGCAGCAGCCAAAUGUCGUUGAUAUGAGAGAUGUUAUGGUACUAAAUGAAAUAAUUGAACAAGCUGGAAGGCAAAGUAGAGCGAGCGAGCAAAAUGUGUCAGUAUACUACUUCUCAACAGCUGAAGAUGACGAUGAAGGGCCCACCUUCAAGGAGAGACUCCUGGAGUGGCUCAUGAAAGGGAUAGACUUCUUCUGUGUGUGGGAUUGCUGCUGGCUAUGGCUGGAGUUUCAGAAAUACGUCGCGCUUUUGGUGUUCGAUCCGUUUGUAGAACUGUUCAUCACGUUGUGUAUCGUGGUCAAUACUCUGUUUAUGGCACUGGAUCAUCACGACAUGGACAAAGAUAUGGAAAGAGCGUUGAAAAGUGGUAAUUAUUUUUUCACUGCUACAUUCGGUAUUGAAGCGAUGCUAAAAUUAAUAGCAAUGAGUCCCAAAUUUUACUUUCAAGAAGGAUGGAACAUUUUUGACUUUAUCAUUGUGGCCUUAUCAUUAUUGGAAUUAGGACUGGAAGGAGUUCAGGGUUUGUCAGUAUUACGUUCAUUCCGAUUGCUACGUGUAUUUAAACUGGCUAAGUCUUGGCCGGCGCUAAACCUUAUAAUAUCCAUAAUGGGUAGGACUGUGGGAGCUUUAGGGAACUUGACCUUUGUACUUUGCAUCAUUAUAUUCAUAUUUGCCGUGAUGGGGAUGCAGUUGUUUGGGAAGAACUACACAGAUUACGUAGACCGUUUUCCUGGUGGAGAGCUCCCAAGGUGGAACUUCACGGAUUUCAUGCACAGUUUCAUGAUAGUAUUCCGAGUAUUAUGUGGAGAAUGGAUAGAGAGUAUGUGGGAUUGCAUGCUGGUUGGAGAUGUUUCUUGUAUACCUUUCUUCUUGGCAACGGUCGUUAUUGGCAAUCUUGUGGUACUUAACCUCUUCUUGGCCCUCUUACUGUCAAAUUUUGGUUCCUCGAGUCUAUCGACGCCAACAGCCGAUCAGGACACGAACAAAAUCGCGGAGGCUUUUAAUAGAAUAUCCCGGUUUAUCGAUUGGGUCAAAAAAAACGCAGCCGAUGUUUUAAAAAUAGUCAAAAGCAAAUUGACGAAUCAGAUUGCUAUUCACGCUCCAGGCUUAAAGGCGGCAUUAUGUGCCCGCUGUGUUUCUUCAGAACGAGUCGACAAUGAACUGGAAUUAGGUGCCGAUAUCGAAGAUGGGGUUUUAUUCAAAGACAAGAAACUAAAAGAUCAAGUGGAGGUAGCUAUAGGUGACGGAAUGGAAUUUACGAUACCAGGUGACAAUAAAUAUAAAAAAGGGAAUAUAUUGAUGAAUAAUAUCAAUGCUAUAACGGAUAAUCAUACUGACAAUCGAAUAAACAGUGAUAUAAAUCAUCAUGGUUAUCCGAUACAGGAUGAUGAUACAAUAAGUCAAAAAUCUUAUGGUAGUCAUAAAAUAAGAUCAUUUAAAGACGAAAGUCAUAAAGGAUCUGCGGAUACGAUAGACGGAGAAGAAAAGAAAGACGCAAGUAAAGAAGAAUUAGGUUUAGAAGAAGAAAUGAUUGAAGACGAGGAGGAUGGAAAACUUGAUGGCUUAGCAAAAAUAGAUAUAAAGGUGGCCGCAGACGAGGAUGUAGUGGAUCUCACACCAGCGGACUGUUGUCCAGAACCUUGCUAUGCGCGCUUCCCCUUCUUAGCCGGAGAUGACGAGUCUCCAUUUUGGCAAGGCUGGGCAACCCUUAGACUGAAAACCUUUCGAUUAAUAGAAAAUACCUAUUUCGAAACGGCUGUGAUAACAAUGAUUUUACUUAGUAGUUUGGCAUUGGCGUUAGAAGAUGUCCAUCUACCACAUCGACCAAUUCUUCAAGACAUCUUAUAUUACAUGGAUCGUAUAUUCACUGUAAUAUUCUUUAUUGAGAUGUUAAUCAAAUGGUUAGCUCUCGGAUUUCAGAAGUACUUCACCAACGCCUGGUGCUGGCUCGAUUUCAUAAUUGUCAUGGUGUCGCUUAUAAACUUCGUUGCGGCGCUUUGUGGCGCCGGAGGCAUUCAAGCAUUCAAAACGAUGAGAACUCUUCGAGCCCUUCGACCACUCAGGGCUAUGAGCCGCAUGCAGGGCAUGAGGGUUGUUGUAAAUGCGUUAGUACAAGCCAUUCCAUCCAUCUUCAACGUAUUGCUCGUCUGUCUUAUCUUCUGGCUAAUUUUCGCUAUUAUGGGAGUUCAACUGUUUGCUGGAAAAUAUUUUAAGUGUGUCGACAUGAACCAUACAACACUGAGCCAUGAAAUAAUCCCCGAUCGUAACGCGUGCAUUUUGGAAAAUUACACUUGGGAAAAUUCACCGAUGAACUUCGAUCACGUCGGGAAAGCUUAUCUAUGUUUGUUCCAAGUGGCCACGUUCAAAGGCUGGAUACAAAUCAUGAAUGAUGCUAUCGACUCGCGAGAGGUCGGCCGCCAACCAAUCAGAGAAACAAAUAUCUACAUGUACCUAUACUUCGUGUUCUUUAUUAUAUUUGGGUCUUUCUUCACCCUUAACCUAUUUAUAGGAGUAAUCAUUGACAACUUCAACGAACAAAAGAAAAAGGCUGGUGGAAGUCUUGAAAUGUUCAUGACUGAAGAUCAGAAGAAAUAUUAUAAUGCUAUGAAGAAAAUGGGAUCCAAGAAACCGUUAAAAGCUAUCCCUAGACCAAGAUGGAGACCACAAGCGAUAGUAUUCGAGAUUGUGACGGAUAAGAAGUUCGACAUGAUUAUAAUGUUGUUCAUCGGUUUCAACAUGUUAACGAUGACACUAGAUCACUAUCAACAAACAGAAACGUUCAGCCAGAUCUUAGAUUACCUAAAUAUGAUCUUCAUCGUUAUAUUUAGCUCAGAGUGUCUAUUGAAAAUAUUUGCUUUGCGGUAUCACUAUUUCGUUGAACCCUGGAAUCUAUUUGAUUUCGUCGUUGUCAUGUUUUCUAUUCUCAGUCUGGUGUUAAGUGACAUUAUUGAGAAAUAUUUUGUAUCUCCAACUUUAUUGAGAGUAGUGAGAGUGGCAAAAGUUGGUAGAGUGUUGCGUCUCGUAAAAGGAGCUAAGGGUAUUAGAACUCUACUAUUUGCCUUAGCGAUGUCCCUACCAGCUCUGUUCAAUAUCUGCUUACUACUUUUCUUGGUCAUGUUUAUUUUUGCGAUAUUUGGAAUGUCGUUCUUUAUGCACGUUAAGAAUAAAGGCGGCCUUGAUGACGUCUACAACUUCAAGACUUUCGUCCAGAGUAUGAUCCUACUCUUCCAGAUGUCAACGUCAGCUGGAUGGGAUGGCGUUUUAGAUGGAAUAAUCAACGAAGAAGAGUGUGAUUUACCAGAUAACGAACGAGGGUAUCCCGGUAACUGUGGUUCAGCGACCAUCGGGAUCACGUACUUACUGUCUUAUUUGGUCAUAUCUUUCCUAAUUGUUAUCAACAUGUACAUCGCCGUCAUUCUCGAGAAUUACUCUCAGGCGACCGAAGACGUGCAAGAAGGUUUGACCGACGACGACUACGACAUGUACUAUGAAAUUUGGCAAAGAUUCGAUCCGGAAGGAACUCAGUACAUCCGCUACGAACAACUGUCAGACUUCCUCGACGUCCUCGAACCUCCACUACAGAUUCACAAACCGAAUAAAUACAAAAUCAUAUCUAUGGACAUUCCGAUCUGUCGCGGCGACAUGAUGUUCUGCGUGGACAUUCUGGACGCCCUGACCAAAGACUUCUUCGCCCGAAAGGGCAACCCUAUCGAGGAACCAGGAGACAUCGUGGGUCGGCCGGGCGAGGUCGGCUAUGAGCCGGUGUCCUCGACGCUAUGGCGACAACGCGAGGAGUACUGCGCGAGGCUGAUCCAGCAUGCUUGGCGGCGGCAUCGGCGCGCGCAUUCGCCAGCAGGAGAGGGCGUGGGCGGGGACGGCUCGGGUGGCGAGGGCAGCGCGGGCGGCGCCGAGACGGCCGUGCUACUAGACUCUUCGGGCGGCAGUGCGCACCGCGUGGUGCUGCAGGGAGGCGGAGACGCUCCCCGCCCGCCUGAGCCGGCGCCGCCGCCCGCGCCCGUCUGACCCGCGCUCGCGCUCGCGCUGCUGCCCGCGCUCAUCGACGACGCGCCCCUGCCGCUGCCCGCACCGCUGCCCGAGCUCUUGAGCCCACCCAAGCGCACUUAAUUAUUUUUUACGCUAGAUAUUUACGUAGAAAC